AGGCCAAGGCCAAGGCCAAGGCGAAAGGCAAGGCGAAGGCGAAAGCCGGGCCCAGGGGAGUCAUCAAAGCCAUUGCUGCCAAAGAGUUCGCGGCGGUGUCGGCCAAGCUGAAGAAGUCUGCGAGCAAGGAGACGGUUGCUGGAAAGGGCAAGUGGUACUUCAUGAGCGAUUUGCGGAAGAUCAAGGCGGGUGCAGAUGAUGAGGCUGCCUGGACCAAGUACACGCCCAAGAUGAACAAGCAGCUGGAGGACGCUUACUCCAAGGGCUUCAAGCAGUACACCAUGACCUUCAAGGACAAGCAGUACAUCGUGAAAUUCAACACCAUGAUGCAGUUCCGGGCGGAUGACAAGAGCCUGCAGCGGCCGGUGAAGCGCGAGUAAGCAAUUCGUGUUUGGUUAGCAACAGCUUCUGCCGUUGACAUGAUUUGGGCCCAUGUCUCGGUAGGUGCAUAAGCAUACUAUGAAUGCAUAUGAAUGUAGGAAUAAAAUAGCAGUGUG